AUGUCCACCACUUCCACUGUGACUCAAGCUGCGCUUCGCUCCAACCCGAACCUUAAGGUCAUCAAGAACGGGUUUGGUGCCGAGAUUACUGGCCUGGAUUUCACCCACGGUGUCACCGAUGAAGCAUUUCGCUUUAUAGAAAAUGCGGUAAGGAAGUAUGGCUUUGCCGUUGUCCGUAAGACAAAUCUCGUCGACGAGACCCACCUCGAGCUGGCUCGCAAGUUUGGUGAACUUGACGAUGUGACACCCUACAAUAAGGCGGGUCGUGUGCAUCGCCUCAAAUACAACGAGCUUUUUGAUGUAGGUAACAUCGAAAUUGACGGCUCCAUUGUGGAUCUCAACAGCCCGCGAGGCGAGGCGAAUAAGGGAAAUUCUCUCUUUCACACCGACUCUAGCUUCAACCCUCGUCGAGCCGGUUACUCUCUUCUUCUUGCCCACGAGCUGCCGCCACCCGGGACUGGGGGCUCCACUGCAUUUGCCGACAUGAGGGGUGCCUACCGUGAUCUUGACGAUGAUUUUAAGAGAUUUUUGCACGACAGGAACUUUGUCGCCCGCCACUCCAUACUACAUUCCAAGAAAAUGGCUGCUCCGGAGCACUUCAAGGAUGUUAACCCUACAGACCACUUUAUGUCCCGCCACUUACUACUCCAAAAACACGAGCGCACCGGCAUCCCCACCAUAUACCUUGCCAAACAUAUUCACUCACUAGAAGGCGUCUCCCCUGAAGAAUCUCAAGGGAUUCUUGAUAGGCUUUUUGAGCACUCGAGUCAAGACAAGUAUGUCAUUGAAGUGGAGUGGAUCAGUGUUGGCGAUAUGAUUGUCUGGGACAACACAUGUACCAUGCACCGUGCCAUCAGUGGCGAGUUCACGACCAAGUACAGGAGGGACAUGAGACGUGCUACUGUGCACGAUGACAGCAGCUUAGCAUGGGGUCUGAAUCCCAAGAGCGAUCAGCGUAUGGGCCUCCCUUAA